AUGCAGGUCAUCUAUGAAGAUGAUGACCUGCUCGCAGUCAGCAAGCCUCCCUUUCUGGUCACUGCUCCGAAGCACAGAUGGCAGGGUGGUAGCCUGGUCAACAGAGUUCUCAAUUACCUAGGAAAACCACCUCAUCCUCUGCAUCGGCUGGACAUGAAUACAAGCGGUGUGGUGCUCUUUGCCAAGUCACCCGACAUUGUGGCGACCAUGCAUGACCAGUUCAGGAACCAACAAGCGCAGAAGCAGUAUCUGGCGCUGAGCCUAGGAAUUCCCAGCCAGUCCAGCUUUGUUGAGGACGGGCCCAUUGGCAUGCACCCCUCACUCAACAGUAACCGCCAUUUGGAUGCCACGCAUGCUAGACAUUGUGCUAGAUCUCUAAAAGCAUUUUCUCUCAACAGGCAGGCCAGCCUUCUGUGCUGCGCACCCCGGACGGGGAGGACACAUCAGAUUCGUGUCCAUCUCGCGCAUGCAGGCCACCCAAUUGCAGGCGAUGAGAUUUACGGCCUGAAGGUGACCUGGACUCCUCGGCAGCUGCUGCAUGCAGUCCGGCUGCGGGUGACUCAUCCGCGCACAGGCCUGCCGUUAGACCUCCAGGCACCCCUGCCGGAGGACUUUGAGAAGGCGAUUGCAAGGCUCGGGAUGCAGAUGCCCCAGGAACUGCCAGAGCUCCCAGCCUGA